UUACGUGAUGCCUGUUUCGGGCGCAGGGCUCUGUUUGGAACUCCGAAUAAAUUAGCUUUUGUUUUCGCUUUUGCGGAAUCCGGUUCUGUGAAAAAUUCAACUCGAAAACAGUUGGUUUUGUUAAAAGUUCUUUCUCUUUUGUUGUUUGUGUUUCGUUUGGUUAGCUUUGCUGCGUUCGCCGAAGUAAAAAACGCGUAGCAAACGACACGCGUAAGUCGUUUGAGGAAAUGGUGGUGAGAAAUUGCAAGCGUUCGGUUUCUCGUUUUCUCGUUAGGAGCUGGGAAAUAGAUAUGGGAGACGGUAGUUAUGAUAGAACUUUGAGAGACUUCUGUAUUCCAGAUUACAUACUAGUGUCAGGAUCUGAGGGAAAAAGUGUCUCGCCUGUACCUGCAUGUCCUGUGAUUGUUUUCAUAAACUCCAAAAGUGGUGGCCAGCUUGGAGGGGAGCUUCUUGUUUCCUAUAGUACACUUCUUAACAAAAACCAGGUUUUUGAUUUGGGAAAAAAUGCUCCGGAUAAGGUGCUGCAGAGGCUUUAUGCUACUUUGGAAACGCUCAGGCACAAUGGGGACGGUUUUGCAGCUGAAAUUCAGAAUAGAUUGAAUAUAAUUGUUGCAGGUGGAGAUGGUACUGCUAGCUGGCUUCUUGGAGUUGUAUCUGACCUUAAAUUACCUCAUCCGCCACCAAUUGCAACGAUGCCAUUGGGGACGGGAAAUAAUCUUCCCUUUGCAUUUGGAUGGGGAAAGAAAAAUCCAACAACGGAUAUUCAAUCAGUGACGUCAUUCCUAAUGAAUGUAAAAGCGGCAAAGGAAAUGAAAAUAGACAGCUGGCAUAUUGUAAUGAGAAUGAAGGCUCCAAAAGAAGGUUCAUGUGACCCUAUUGCACCCCUUGAGCUGCCUCACGCUAUGCAUGCAUUUCAGCGUGUCUCUUCAACAGAUAAGCUAAACAUGGACGGUUACCACACUUAUCGUGGGGGAUUUUGGAACUACUUUAGCAUGGGAAUGGAUGCUCAAGUAUCUUAUGCAUUUCAUUCACAGAGGAAGUUGCAUCCAGAAAAGUUUAAAAAUCAGUUAUAUAAUCAGAGUGCCUAUCUGAAGCUUGGCUGUUCACACGGAUGCUUCUUUUCUUCUUGGUUUCAAUCUUCACGGAAUAUAGGUCAGCUGGCAAAGGUCAAAAUAAUGAAAAAAGGUCAUUGGGAAGAUCUCCACAUACCUCGCAGCAUUCGGUCAAUUGUUUGCCUGAACUUGCCCAGCUUUUCUGGUGGACUCAAUCCUUGGGGAAAACCAAAUAGGAAGAAAUCAAUUUAUAGGGACCUGACUCUUCCCUAUGUGGAUGAUGGCCUAUUUGAGGUAGUUGGUUUUAGAGAUGCUUGGCAUGGUCUUGUUUUGCUUGCACCAAAUGGACACGGGACUCGUUUGGCACAGACAAGCAGAAUCCGAUUUGAGUUUCACAAGGGUGCAGCUGACUGCACAUUCAUGAGAAUUGACGGAGAGCCAUGGAAACAACCCCUCCCAAAAGAUGAUGACACAGUCGUUGUUGAGAUAUCACACCAUGGUCAAGUUAGCAUGCUUGCCACCCAAUUGUGCCGUUCUAAAAGUAUGUAUGAUCCCUCCUCACCUUCCGUUGACCGGGAAGAAGAUGAUAGCACUGAUGAAGUACUAGAAGAAGAUUGCGAAGAACGCCGCAAAUUUGGUGCAGCUGAUACAUUCAAAUACCCUGAUGGGAUUCAUAUAUCUCAAGUAAGUUAGUGUACAGAAAGGAAUAGCCAUGAGUACAUAGUAGCAUUGUUUUCUGGUGUUGGUCAAUUUUUCCUUACUCUUUCUUAUAAAAUUACUGUUGUACAUCUCAUGGUAAAUAGUAACGUUUGAGGGUUUCCUUUCUAACCAAGAUUAGGUGUAUGUAUGACAAAAUCUAUUCUUUGAUUUCAAUGGCAAUUUUGGAGAUAUUGUUGUUUCAUGUGUACUACAUUCCUAUUUCUUGGGGGAAAACUCUCCAAACAAAAUAUGGCACUAAUCUAUGAAUCGAUUCUUUUUAAAACUUUUGGUUUAUUAUUAGAUUUUUUUGAAAAUCUUUCUUCUAACACUUGAUGAAAGGGUAUGUUUUCUCACAAUCAAAUAAACAAGAA